AUGGCAGAUAUCAAGCCUUAUACUAUUGCAAUCGACGAAGAACGUUUAAAUGACUUGAAAACGCGACUGUCUCUCGCCAAGUUUCCAGAUGAGCUCGAUGAGGCGGGGUGGGAUAUGGGAUCUCCUCUUGCUGAUGUCAAGAGAUUCGUGAAAUAUUGGCAAGAGUCAUACGACUGGAGAAAGGCAGAAGCGGAGCUUAACAGCGUGCCACAUUUUGUUACAGACAUCCAGUGCGAUGGGUUCGAGCCUCUAGCAAUCCACUUCAUUCACGUCCGUAGUAAGGUAAAGGGUGCAAUCCCCUUAUUGUUCAUGCACGGUUGGCCAGGCCACUUCCAAGAGGUCUUGAAGGUAUUAAAACCCCUAACCGAAGACGGAGACGGUGUCAACUACCCCGCGUUCGACAUCGUCGCGCCGUCUUUGCCGAAUUUUGGGUUCUCUGAGGGCCCGAAGAAGCGGGGGUUCGCUUCGGAGCAAUAUGCCGAAACUAUGAACAAGCUAAUGCUAAAGUUGGGAUAUAAAGAAUAUGUCACGCAGGGAGGCGACUGGGGGUGUCAUAUCAGUAGGGCUCUCGCACAUCUAUACCCGCAGUACUGUAAAGCGACGCAUCUGAACUUCAACUCUGCAAAUCCCCCGAGCUACUUCACGAACCCGAUUCUUGCUCUCCAGCAUGCAAUCUUACCCUAUACCUCACGAGAACAGCGCGGCGUAGGUCGUUCUAAAUGGUUCGAUGAACAAGGCCGGGGAUACAACUCGGAACAAUGCACCAAACCGCAGACCCUCGGGUACGCGUUGGCAGAUAGCCCAGUAGCAUUGCUAGCCUGGAUCUAUGAGAAGCUUCACGAUUGGACAGAUUCGUACCCCUGGACAGAGGAGGAAGUCUGUACUUGGAUCAGCAUCUACUGGUUCAGCACGGCGGGUCCCGCCGCCAGCGUCAGGAUCUACUACGAGACAACGCAGAAUGUUGACGGUAGGAAGAAUAAGCUAGACCAUCAGGGUCUAAGGGCGUGGUCUCCGGGUGUAAAACUUGGUUUCAGCCAUUUUCCUAUGGAUAUACAAGUACAACCCAGCACAUGGGUGCGUACACUGGGCAAUGUGGUUUUCGAAAAGGAGCAUGAAAGUGGCGGUCACUUCGCCACCUGGGAGCGACCGGAUGAUAUUAUUACUGAUGUAAGAGAAAUGUUUGGCAAAGGGGGUGGCGCCUUCGGUGUCGUAAAGGAUGCUACGGGAUAUGCUUCGUAA